AUGGUAACUAAGUUUCAAAAUCGUGUGAUGAACAGUAAAUCUUCAGGAGAAAAUACGAAAUUAAGUUUCAAGGAGGAUUCAAUUCUUUCCUCGAAAAACUUCAGCUGUCCCACGGAUAAGAGUAUCGACAAUGUGAUAGAAAUUAGUAGCAGUAGUGUUGGUCUUAGUGGUGGUGUUGUUUCGACGAGUGGGAAGAAUGAGUUGUCAAUGAGUGCCAAUUGUCCAUCGGUUAGAAGGGCGGUAGCUGGAACGACAGCACUAUCGACUAAUCUGGGAAUUGGUGAAGGGGUUACUUGCAGUGGAGGAACGUGUUCGUUAUCGUCAUCGUCGUCGUCAUCAUCAUCGUCCUCAUCUUGUUCGAGUGUAUCUUUGUCUUUAGCCCAACACAACACCACCAACAUUAAUCUAGAGGAGAGGGGUAGAAGUGUAGAAAGGAGGGAAUGUCAUAAGUCGCAGCAGGUUAGCAAGACAUUCAACGCCAGGCUCAACGAUAACAUAAAAGUUGGCAAAGAUGACGAGAGGAAACUGCAAGCAG